AUGUCAGAAACCUUCCAAGAGCUCGCCGAUAUCCCCAAGGACUUCGUCAGGGAUGGCAUGCUAUUCAUGAACCGAUGUACUAAACCUGACAAGCGAGAAUUUCUCAAGAUCAGCCAGGCAGUUGGCUUCGGGUUCCUCAUCAUGGGCGCCAUCGGCUACUUUAUUAAACUGAUACAUAUCCCCGUUAACAAUAUCCUUGUCGGGGGCGCAUGA